GCAAUGUUCCCAUUAUUAAAAUACUCUGAAAAAUAGCAAAUAUAAACCUUAAACAAAUCCCUCCAAAGUUUACGCACACAAAGUCACAAACUUCAAUUUGAUUUCUUCCAAGUCCUAACACUGCUACUGACUUGCAGUCACCUGAAAUAGCAGAGUCGCACUCUUUAUAUAUAAAACACACAGAAAGACAGAGAAACGGAGCGCCAGAAAAUGAGUUUGGGAGGUGUUGGACGCAUAGCUAUUUGUGGGUAUCGCAGGAUUUUGGCUUCACAUUUGCCUCACGUGCAAAGGAUCACUCUUCAAUUCUCUCGCCAGAUGAGUACAGAGAUGCAGAGUGUUGCUUCCAGGCUUCAAAGUUCUGGCUUGUUACGGACACAGGGUCUUAUUGGAGGCAAAUGGACUAAUGCAUAUGAUGGGAAGACUUUGGAGGUUAACAAUCCAGCAACAGGUGAAAUUAUUGCGGAGGUCGCAUGCAUGGGCAGAAAGGAGACAAAUGAUGCUAUAUCUUCAGCCUUUGAUGCAUAUAAAUCUUGGAGCAAACUUACUGCUGCAGAGAGGAGCAAGCGUUUGCGGAAAUGGUACGAUCUACUUAUGGCCCACCAAGAAGAGCUUGGACAAUUAAUAACGUUGGAGCAAGGAAAACCCCUAAAAGAAGCCAUGGGUGAGGUUGGCUAUGGGGCCAGUUUUAUUGAGUUCUUUGCGGAGGAAGCAAAACGUGUAUAUGGCGAUAUAAUUCCUCCGACUCUACCUGAUCGUAGGCUAUUUGUUUUAAAACAGCCUGUAGGUGUUGUUGGUGCAAUUACACCGUGGAACUUCCCCUUGGCUAUGAUUACCCGAAAGGUUGGUCCUGCCCUUGCUUGUGGCUGUACAGUGGUUAUAAAACCCUCUGAACUUACACCUCUCACAGCUUUAGCAGCAGCUGAGCUUGCUCUUCAAGCUGGAAUACCACCGGGUGCUGUGAAUGUGGUUAUGGGGAAUGCUCCUGAUAUUGGGGAUGCUUUGCUUGCAAGUCCACAGGUGAGGAAGAUAACCUUUACAGGAUCAACAGCUGUUGGAAAGAAACUGAUGGCAGGAGCUGCUGGGACUGUUAAAAGGGUAUCUUUAGAACUUGGUGGCAAUGCACCCUGCAUAGUCUUUGAUGAUGCAGACCUGGAUGUGGCAAUAAAAGGAACGCUGGCAGCAAAGUUUCGUAAUAGUGGACAGACCUGUGUAUGUGCAAAUAGAGUACUUGUUCAAGAAGGUAUCUAUGAUAAAUUUGCAGAUGCUUUUUCAAAAGCUGUCCAGAAUCUAAAAGUUGGGGAUGGCUUUAGAGAAGGGGUGGUACAGGGUCCUCUAAUUAAUGAAGCAGCCGUGAACAAGGUUGAAACCUUUCUUCAAGAUGCUGUAUCAAAGGGAGCAAAAGUCCUUCUUGGGGGCAAAAGGCAUAGCCUUGGAAUGACCUUUUAUGAGCCUACAAUCAUUAGUGAUGUUAAUAGUGAGAUGCUUCUUUCCAGGGAGGAAGUGUUUGGACCUGUUGCACCACUUUUGCGUUUCAAAACUGAGGAGGAGGCUAUACACAUGGCUAAUGACACAAAUGCAGGGUUAGCUGCUUAUAUAUUUACAAACAAUGUUCAACGUACAUGGCGCGUUUCUGAGGCUCUUGAAUAUGGACUUGUUGGCGUCAAUGAAGGAAUAAUUUCAACAGAGGUGGCUCCUUUUGGCGGUAUUAAACAGUCUGGUCUUGGACGGGAAGGUUCCAAGUAUGGGAUGGAUGAAUAUCUGGAAAUCAAAUAUGUAUGCUUGGGGGACAUGAACCGAAAUUGAUGGGCGAGGUCAAUACUCAGACAAAUUACCAAGCUCAUGAUAAUAGGUGAAAUAAAAUGUCUCUGCUGCAGUUGAGUUGUAAUUUGAAGAUAAGCUAGGGGGGAGAAAGUGCGAUCUCAAGCGUUUGAUGUAAAUGCGGAAUUGAGCUAUAUAAAUGGGUACUUCCUCUGAGAUUGUAUCUAAAUAAGUGCAAUAGCCGAUGAGAAACUUUUGGUUAUACUAUGCAUGUUUUGUGUCCUUAAACUUCUUUCUGUGGUAAUAAAAAAGAAAAGACUUUUGUUCA